AUGUUGAAAGGACUAGCUAGCGACUUGUCUGGCGCAGGCGAUGUAUGUCAUGUAAUUCAUGACUUUUCAAAGUGUCUGGCGAAUCAGUAUUUGCUACCAAAUGAAAGUAUCAUGUUCUCAAUGCAGUCGAUCAAGGAGGAAUUUACAUUUACAAACCACGCAUUGCUUAAAAUUGGUGGAAGUAACUCGACAACAACACGAAAGCUUACAGAACGCUUUGAUUAUCGUCACGAGACGAUUACAUUAGUGCAAUUUGAAACUGCAGGACUUGUUGAUCGCGACUGUGAGAUUAAAUUUCAUAUUGGGGGCAAGUCAAUGUCGAUUGACAUUGCCAAGGCAGAACAAACGGAUGCUCAAGACUUUUACAAAGUGCUUGAAAUGCUUAGUCGUCGACAGAUGGAGAAUAAUCGUGCAUGGGAUCAUGGGUGUAUGGCCCUGAAAUAUUCGAGUGAAGCUCUGUAUCUCACGGAAAACAGUGGCCAGACGCUGAUUAAACAGACUGAUGAAGCUUCCUAUUGGAUCGAAGAGCUUUAUAAACGAACUCAUCCACUCUGCUACCGCGAAGUUAUUACUGGAGCAUUCCAAGAGCUAAAAUUAUAUGACAAAAUUGGAAGGUCUUAA